AAUUCAUUGAUUAUUUGUUCAAUCUGUAAUAUAUACAUAAAUAUUUUAAUUAAUUUCAAUGACGGAAAACUACGCCGCCGUGCUUUAUGGGCCCCGUGAUCUUAGGGUGGUACAAUGGCCUAUGCCGGAUAUAAACGAUAUAGAGGUGCUGGUGAAGGUAGACUCCGUGGGAAUCUGCGGAUCAGAUGUGAAGUUUUAUACCGACGGGAAAUGCGGAUCUGAGCAGGUCAUUCAACCCCUGGUCAUGGGGCAUGAGGGCGCCGGAGUCGUUAUCAAGAUUGGCGCCAAAGUGGAGAAUUUGAAGGUAGGCGAUCGAGUGGCCAUCGAGCCAACACAGCCGUGCCGCACCUGUGACCUGUGCAAGCUGGGCAAGUACAACCUGUGCUCGCAGCCGCGCUACUGCUGCACCACGCACACCCAUGGGAAUCUCACCCGCUACUACAAACACGAGGCCCACUUCUUGCACAAACUUCCAAAUAAUAUAUCGAUGGAAGAGGGAGCGGCUAUACAACCUCUUGCCAUUGCUAUUCACGCGUGCAACAGGGCAGACAUCAGAUUGGGGUCGGAGGUGGUCAUAUUAGGGGCAGGGCCCAUUGGUGUUCUAUGUGCCUUGACUGCUAAAGCUAUGGGAGCCACCAAAAUACUGAUAACAGAUGUGGUGCAGUCUCGUUUAGACACGGCGAAGAGUAUGGGUGUUAACUACACACUCUGUAUUGAGAAGAAUUGGUCCGACGAACAAACAGUGGAUAAGAUUGUUACGAUACUGGGUAGUAGGCCUAAUAUCACCAUAGACGCCUGUGGUUACCCCAACGCACAGAGAGUUGCGUUACUGGUUACUAGAACAUGUGGCGUGGUUGUGGUGGUUGGUAUCGGUGGUAAGACAGUGGAGCUGCCACUCUCUAACGCGAUGUUGCGGGAAGUGGACAUCAGAGGUUCCUACAGGAUAUGUAACACGUACCCGGCAGCGCUGGCUGCGGUUUCAAGCGGAAGCAUCAACUUGAAAGCAUUCAUCACGCACCAUUUCCCGCUGGCCAAGUCUAAAGAAGCCUUGGAACUCGCCGAGAGUGGUGCCGCCAUGAAAAUUAUUAUACAUCCUAACAAUUAA